CAAUUACCUUUUUGAUGAUAUAUAUAAAUUGGCCUGCCAAUAUUGAAGCAUUAUCAGUCAGCUGUCUCAGCAGUACAGAGCAUCUUCAGUUCUUCCAUCAACCUCCACUACCAAAUUCAACAUGAAAUUCGUAAUCGUAGCCGUGUGCCUAGUAGCAGCAGCGUGCGCCGCGCCCGCCGGCCCGGCCGAGACCGCCGCGCGCCGCGCCCUGCCCGCCCUGCAGCACGAGGAGAUCCACGACGCCUUCGGCCAGUACGCCCUGCGCUACGUCACGGCUGAGGGCACCAUCGUCUCCGAGCGUGGCCGCCUGGUGCCCACCGCUGAGGGAUCCCACGUCCUGGUCUACGACGGAGAGACCACACAGAUCGGAGCUGAUGGAAAGGUCUACGUGACUAAGUACACCGCCGGUCUGGACGGCUUCAAGGUCGAGGGCGACCAUCUGCCCAAGGCCCCCGAGGUGCCCGUCGUUGUUUAAGCGUGAUGAGAGUUAUGAAUGAUCUUGUAAAUACAAUUUUGUAGCAAAU